AGAACAUUCAAAGAGAUCACCCUGACAAGUUAGAACAGCCCUGCACAGCUAUGACGGACCAGCUUGCCUUGGGCUAUGCUUGCUGCUUGAUCGCCAGUGUUGCCUAUGCGGUGAAUUUCCUGCCCGUGAAGAAGUACGAGACGGGGGACGGGAUCUUUUUCACCUUUGCCAUGUCCCUGGGGAUCUUGAUGGUUGGUCUAGUGAUGGGCUUCAUGCAGCACGAGCCCUUUGUCUUCGAACCCCUGGCCGCAGUGGGCGGAGUUAUCUUCACGAUGGGAAACCUCGUGUGCCCGUUGGUGAUCCAGCUCAUAGGCCUGGGCCUAGGUUUGACGAUCUGGGACCUCAGCAACAUGCUCAUGGGCUGGUUCACGGGGCGCUUUGGCCUUUUCGGGGUGGACCAGGAGAUUUCGGAGAAGCCCCUCUUCAACUACAUCGGUUUAGCGCUGGCCUGCGUCUCCUUGGUCUUCAUGUACCUGGCCGCACACUUCGACACGAAGCCCAAGGAAGUUGAGUCGCAAAACUUGGAGGGUGCGGAGGACUUGGAGCGCACGACCUCGGUCGGACCUGAAGGACGAGAGGCAAAGCCCCAUGAGAAUGGUCAUGGGUACAUCUUUGGCCAUGCUCGCAGGCGUUCUCUUUGGCGCGACCUUCGACCUGCCCCAGGAUCUGAUGCAGGGGCAGUUUGGAGAGAACCACAGCAGCUAUGCUCUGGACUACGUCUUCAGCCACUUUCUUGGGAUCUUUGUCUCGGCAGCUGCGUCCUUGCUCGUUUACGUCCUCGUGCGGCGGAGAAAAAGCUUUGCCCCCUUGAACCUCGUGCUGCCGGCCAUGUGCUCAGGCAUCAUUUGGGCCAUUGGCACGGUUGCUUGGUUCCAGGCCAACGCGGAGCUGGGCUUCUCAGUGACGUAUCCAAUCAUUAGCAGCGUGCCCAGCAUCCUGGCUCUCUUGAUCGGCUUCUGCUGUUUCAGUGAGCUUGCGACCUCAAAGAGCCGCUGCUUCGCGCUGAUUGGCGUCAUGAUUCGCCUGCCGGGCGUGGCCCUCAUCGCCAUCUCCCGACUCUGAGUGGAUCUGAGUGGUCCCUAAUUACUGUGGAUGGAUAACAUCCUGCACUAGUUGGGAUGAUAAACCACCCCAUCCACAGUGUGUCUAGUGUGCAUCGAUUUUCGGUAGUGCCGCCGAUCCGGUGACGUGAGGUUGCCGGAUAGCUGCGUCUCAACAUCUCUUCUUGUCAGCGAGCACUGACACUGUACGUGUCAUGGUCGCAUUGAAGAGAAGCCCUGACGUAGCAAGAUUGCAUCCAGACGGUGUCAGGGAGCUCCUCCUUCCUCACCAUUGUACAGGCAU